GUUAAAAACUUAAUAAACAUUUUUGGGAAAAUGGAAGAUACAAAGUCUCUCUUGAUGAUGGUUUUACAUAAAGUCUUUCAGAAUCAACCCAAAACUAUAGAAAACACUUUCCAACUGAUUCACAGUUACAAUAAUGGAAAAACAGAUAAGAAAAAUUAUGAGAAGACUUUAAAAGCAAUUUGCGACUUGAUGAACGAUGAAUUGCCGUCACCAAUAUUAGUUUACAUUCUGACUCUAGUGGACAUGCCUCAGGAUUUCGACUCUUCGUCUCCCAUUAUAGAAAAAAUGAAAAAAACUCAUGACUUUUUGCCUGAAAUCAAUGUGCGGCCUCAUUUGCUGGAAUACCUAAACAACAUAAAACCAACAAUCAAAAACCGUAACAUUGAAAAAGCCGAAAUCUCGGAAAAAAGUAGCAGUAAUCCUGCCGAACCUGAUAAAAUCUCAGCCAAACCUCAAUCAAACUUCGUCAGACCGACAAGAGUUUUGAAAAGAACGCGAAAAUUUGUUCCAAAAAUCACUGGUUCCCCCAAAAGUCUCCUGGAUAUUUGUGCCACCUACGUUGUCCAAAACGAGUUUUCCCUCAAGGGGAUGUACCGAAAAAAGCAGUCAAAUGCCUGGCGUUUGAUUAACGCCAAUGUGUUUCUGGGCCCCAAACUCAAGCAGUGCUACAACGUCGUCAAGGAUUUGAAUAAGAAAAUGCGUUGGUUGCGUGAGAUCGAGUCUGAUAACAUUUCCACCGACACACUCAUGGAAGAGUACAAAACAAGUGACGUUUUUCUCAAGGAAAACCACAUUUAUGAAGCUUUACAAAAGGAUCCGUUUGAAUUAUCAGAGGAAUGUGAAGCCGCGAUUGAGUCUUUGCUGGAUUAGAAUUACUUCAAUUUUAAAUUUCGUGCCAUUUCGAGUGAUGUUGGCAGCAUUUUUCAUCUUGUUAUUGAUUGUAGUUGUGAUUGGUUGAAUAAAAACUUAUUUACCAAUA